UCCUUGCUGAGAAAAUUAUCCCGUUUUUCUUUUCUUUCUUUUCUCAGAAUGAUGUUUGAAAGAAGCUCUCCUGCGAGGUGCUUUGUGACGCCACCGCAGCCACAGCCGUCGUGGACGACAAGGCAUUCUUCUUCUUCUUCGCGUUCUCCGAACAUGGCACUGUCAGAGUCAGAGAGUAAAACAUCACCAUCACCAUCAGUAGGAGCAUCUUCUUAUCCUCAGAACAAAGAUGAUCUUUUUCACGUGAUUCACAAGGUCCCUGCUGGGGACUCACCUUACGUGAAGGCUAAGCAAGUUCAGUUGGUGGAUAAGGAUCCAGCUAGAUCAAUUUCCAUGUUUUGGGCAGCAAUCAAUGCUGGAGAUCGUGUCGAAAGUGCCUUGAAGGACAUGGCCUUAGUUAUGAAGCAGCUGAAUAGGUCUGAUGAGGCAAUUGAAGCUAUUAAAUCGUUUCGUCAUCUCUGCCUUCCUGAAUCCCAAGAAUCUCUUGAUAACAUCCUGGUUGAACUCUACAAGAGGUCAGGGAGAGUUGAUGAAGAGAUUGCCAUGCUCCAUCACAAGUUGAAGCAAAUUGAAGAUGGUAUCACUUUUGUGGGAAGGUCAACAAAACAGGCAAGAUCUCAGGGGAGGAAGAUCCAAAUAACUGCAGAGCAAGAGAUAUCAAGGAUACUAGGGAACUUGGCCUGGGCUUACUUGCAGAGAGGUGACUAUAAGAUCGCCGAAGAACAUUAUCGAAAAGCACUGUCUUUUGAGGUUGACAGGAACAAGCAAUGCAACUUGGCAAUCUGUUUGAUGCAGAUGAACAAGAUUACAGAAGCAAAAUUUCUGCUUCAGGCAGUGACAACUGCCACAAAAAACAGAAAGAUGGAUGAUUCUUUCGUCAAAUCAUACGAACGUGCCACACAAAUGCUGAGUGAGAUGGAGUCUUUGUCGUCAUCAGCAAGGAAUAUAUCACAGUGUUCUCCACAAAAUGGUCCUGUUGCUGAACCGAAAAAGGCUCCAAAUAUCGGAGACUUGGGUGGAAGGAACUGGGAAGUGGCUAAAUGUAAGACAGAAAAUUGGUCUUCAACAUCUGAGGUGGAGGCAUCUAAUGCCAGGAGGAGGUUGUAUAAGUCUCCACCAGAUCCUGCAAAAAGAGACCAAAAGGUUCCUUUCAAUAAGCCGAAAAGAUGUUCGUGGGGAUUCAGUAAUAAUGGAUAUCAAAGGGAGACUUGGGGAGAUGUCCAUUCAGAUCAUAGAUCUUCAUUUGGUAGUCCAAAUGAUUUGUCUGCACCUCCCAAUGGAAUGUGGAGAGCAGGGACAUUGGAUAAUCCUCCUGCAGAUGGCAGUAACCAGAGAUCUAAACCAUCAGAAUCGCUUCUCGUGGGUUUGGAUGGCAAUUUGGCAUAUGUCUCAGGCAAAAGUCAGGAUUCUGAAAUCUCUUCUGCUGCUGAGAAAUCUUUUACAAAUGUAAAGACCAUGGAGAAGAAGAGCUGGGCCGACAUAGCCGAAGAAGAAGAAAAUGAAGAGCAAGAUGAUUUAUUCAGUGGAGCAUAUGCAAAUUAUGGUGGUAAGGAUAGUGGAGAGGUGUUCAAUGAUGAGAAUGCUAACUCAAACAUUCUCUGUGAACAACAACCACCUGGGAAUGGCAUGUUGUCAAGGAAUCCAACCGUGAGGCGGUCUUUGUGUUUCAAUCCUGAACAAAGACCAGAAUCAGCAAGCAAGACUUCAGCUUCGGCUUCAAACUCGGAAAGCCGCAGAAUGCCUGCAAUUCAAAGUGAUUCUUCAUUUACAAGGAGAAACAGAUUGCAGGUUUUUCAGGACAUCACUCUUCAGCCAGAAACCCCAUGAGAGGCCCUGAAUUGAAACCAAAACUUUAAAAUUUAUUUCCAUGGAUAGAGGAUUGUCAAUAUUUUGCAUUGGUUUUGAGGCAUUGUCCUAUGAUUGAUUAGUUUAGCCUAUUCUUUCAUUUGUAACAAACAACCACCUUUGUAUAUAGAUACUCAUAUAUCCUUGUAACUCUAAAAAGUUACAUCAGUUAUCUAGAAU